AUGCAGAUUCCGACAGCACAAAUGACUGGCGUUCUUUGCCUCACAUUCUUCUUCAGUGCGCUUGCAAGGUCGGCGGAAUCCCGAUCGGUCGAAAGGAGGCAUUCAACAGGUACGCGACGCCUUUAACUUUGCGGACAUAUUUAUUGCCGUUUUUGCAAUCUGCCCAGAUUAUCCUCGAUAUGUAUACUUACCCUCAUAUUUUCAGAAUCGAAAGAACGAAUGAUCCGAGAGCCAGCAGCCCUAGCCGAGCUCAAAGCCCUAGUCAAACAAUGCAACUCGGACAAAAUGGCAAAGGCCCUUCAGAACCCGAACAUCUUCAGCGAGGAGUUCCAACUGCUGCGGAAGUGCCUCGCUCUUCUCCAAAUCCUCAGGCCCGAAUCUGACGUCGAGAUCACGACCAGUGUGUCCGUCGACGAACGACCAACGCCCGCUCACAGACACCGAAAUCAACAUGCCAAAAAGUCGAGGGAAUCGUCGGCGUCGGACGACCUGUCGUUUGUAUGA